ACGAUGACAAUUACUUCCGGGUCACCGGUAGUAAACAGCAGGGUCGCUUUUUAACCGGCAAAAUGUGAAGUUACGCGGGAUAGGGUCCACCAUAAGUACUUCACAGAAGUUAAACAUCCAAUAAGGAUGGACCUGGGCAAGGCCAAGCUACUGCGGAGCGGCGUCAACGCACUGCAUCAGGCCAUCCACCCUGUGCACGGCAUCGCCUGGACCGAUGGCAAGCAGGUGUGCCUGACGGCGCUCUACUUUGUUCACGGCGAGGUCAAGUUUGGUGACACCAACGUGAUCGGACAGUUCGAGCACGUCCUGGGGCUUUUCUGGGGCCCGCUGUGCUGCCCGGACUCGCCCGCCCUGCUGGCCGUGCAGCACAAGAAGCACGUCAGUGUCUGGCAGAUGCAGCUCAGUGCUCUGGAACACAACAAGCUGCUAUGCACUCAGACCUGCGAGAUGAGCGAGCCUUUCCCGCUGCUCCCUCAGGGCUGUGUCUGGCAUCCCAAACUAGACAUCUUGUCCCUGCUGACUAAGAGGGACGCCUCAGUACUGUUUUCCGUGAGGGUGGACAACAGGAGGACCAAGGCAAACAUCAAAGGGAGCGGACUGAUCCACUGCGCUUGUUGGACUAAAGAUGGCACCCGGCUGGUGGUGGCUAUCGGCAGAGAGCUUCACUCCUACAUCUGGAACGACAUCCACAAGAGCCUGGUGGCCUGCUCCUUCUGCCCCAUCUUUGACGUGGGGGGCUACAUCUGUGCCAUGGAGGCCACAGGGGACUCUCAGGUUGCGGUGGCGACAGAGCUGCCUUUGGAAAAACUAUGCGGGUUGAGCGCCGGCAUGGCCUUUGAGGUGCCGCCUGAGGCAGACCCCUUGCAGAGGCAGACUCUGGAAAAUGACCUCUCGUUGGACUCAAGGAGACGGUCCUUUGACUCAGAAAGGUCCCAUGCGGCCAGCACGAGCCCUCUGGACAUAACUCACCUGCUCGCCAAGCACCGCUGCUCAGACCCGAGCCCCCUUAUUCACCUUCGUCGCAAGGAUGUAGUAACAGGCUCCGGCCAGGACUCCUCGCACCUGGUCUUAAUCACAUACGAACGGAAGGUGACCACCACCCGCAAAGUCAGCAUCCCCGGGAUCCUGGUGCCGGAUAUCGUGGCUUUUGACCCGCGGGCUUCCACUGUGGCUGUUGCGUCCAACACCUGCAACAUGGUGCUGGUAUACUGCAUCACGCCAUCUGCCAUGCCCAACAUCCAGCAGAUCUCCCUGCAGGCCAACGACAGGCCCAAGGGGGUGUGCUUCCUCAGCGACAAGGUUCUGCUGUUGAUGGUUGGCCGCCAGAAGUCCAUGGACCCCGCCUUCCUCCCGUCCUCCAACACGGAAAAAUACAUCCUUCGCCUUUUAGCCAAAGAGUUGAUGUACGACGGGGACAGUGUCUUCUCACCAGACCCCUCCCCUGUCAACCCGGGGUCACCCUCUAGUUUCUCCCGGAUUAGAAGGCACUCAGAACACCUGUCCAAAGAGGACAGGGAACGCCCAGGGAUAAAGGACUUGGUGCUGCCGGGCGCAGGUGUUGUACGUUCACCCGGAAGCAGACGCCGACUGGUGGAGGAGGUGAGGAGCAACGAGGCCAGCCCCGUAACCAGCUCUGUGGACUUUUCCUCCUCGGAGAGAACGCCGUCCAGCACCUCAUCCUCUGUCACGGUCGAGAACUUUGACGCCGACCACGUCAGCCGCAUGGCCAGCCUAGCGGUGGCCGGCCAGGCCUGCAGGGACUCGGUCCGGGCCCCGUCGCCUCGCCUGGAACCGGAGGCGGUGCUGGCUCCGUCAACGCCCAUGCACGGGAUGGCCAGUAGUACGGGGCGGGAGCGAGCGCUGGAGCAGCUCGUCUUCAACAUGGAGCGGCUGUUUGCACGCUUUGCGGAAGUGCAGCAUUGCCUGAGCGAGAUCCGGGACUAUGCGCAAAACGGAAAGAAGGUCCAGACCGUCUACCCCAGCGCUGGAGAGCCCCCUCACAUCAAUGUCACAUGUCAGGUAUCCAUAUUGAAGGGCGGAAGUUAGAUUCCAAAAAGUGACUUGACUGAGGGCGGGGUCGUGAAACGCUAAUUGUCACUGAUAAUUUAUCCAGUUUUACUUAUAAUGCCGACAACGUGUGCCAUUGUCAACUGCCACAAUCGAGGUGGGAGAGAUAAAACUAGCUUUUAUCACAUUCCUAAGUGUAUUUCUGGACAAACGGAAGCGGCUGAAAAGAAGAGAUAAGCGCGAAGGCGAACAUGGAUUGCUUCAAUCAACCCAGAUGUGACAUGCUGACGAUUUCGUGUUUGUUCGGAUAAUUUCAGGGAAAACAUUUUGUAAGUAAAAAAAUAUCUAAAAUAAAUGACAGCAAAGCUUUGCAUUAACUUUAUGUUUUUGGUGGAAUAACUUUGAUAGUAGUUGUAUUGAUAAAAAAAAAUAGUACUCACUUCUCUCAUCCAGACUGGAGCCUCCACAGUAAAAAACUGAAGCAUCAUGAGAACAUCAUUCUCCCAAUCCUGCCUUACAGUCACAGUUGCUGAGAUGACAUUAGACUGGUUAUCCGUGAUUAUCCAGGGUGUCAAACUUGGUUGGUUGGUUUCUGAGAGUCCAUGACUCUAGCCUUGACAACACAAUGUCCACUGGGUUUACACAGAUAAACACAAACGUCACGAACCCACCCACAAACAAAGCAGUCAUAACUUUCUAAACUCUUAUAAUUUUAAAAGUCCUUGAAAGUGUAAAAUGGGCUCGGUCGAACAAUUAAGUAGUCUCAUACAAAUUCCGAGUAUAAGAACAUCGGGGAAGAUGUCGUGGUCUCUGCUCCACUCAGACUUGUCGAUCUUGUACGGAUCCUUGCAUCCAAGUACAGCUGUUUGCUCCUUAUAAUGACGAAGGCACUUCUUAUCUAAUUACUCACAGUAUUUCUCCAUCGUAUCACUGCCGGUGCAAUGUUAUUUUCCACUGAAUAGUUCGGAAAUAUUACAUGUAGCGCUAUCGUGAACGAUUACGCUGACCCCCUUCAGCAAUGCACUCCCGAGAAAAAUCAGAACCCCUCUAUUUGAGAUCGCAUUCUCCAGAUGUAUGACGUCAUGUCAAGAGUAGGGCUGCAACUAACGAUUAAUUUGAUAAUCGAUUAAUCUGUCCAUUAUUACUUCAAUUAAUCGAUUAAUAAUCGGAUAAAAGAGACAAACUAUAUUUCUAUCCUUUCCAGUAUUUUAUUGAAAAAAAGCAUACUGGCACCAUACUUAUUUUGAUUAUUGUUUCUCAGCUUUUUGUACAUGUUGCAGUUUAUAAAUAAAGGUUUAUUUAAAAAAAUUUUUUUUUUAAAAACAACAACAGAAAUUGCCUCUGCGCAUAGCAUAGAUCCAACGAAUCGAUGACUAAAUUAAUCGACAACUAUUUUUAUAAUCGAAUUUAAUCGAUUAGUUGUUGCAGCCCUAGUCAAGAGUGUAAGAGAUGUGCUGCCAUAAAAACACUAGUUUUGCUUUUCAAAAUAAGUUAAGGUAUUUGUCUUUAACAAUCCCGGGCUCUGGAUCUUUCUCUGUGGAGUUUGCAUGUCCUCCCCGUGACUACGUGGGUUCCCUCCGGGUACUCUGGCUUCCUCCCACUUCUAAAGACAUGCACCUGCGGAUAAGUUGAUUGGCAACACUAAAUUGGCCCUAGUGUGUGAAUGUGAGUGUGAAUGUUGUCUGUCUAUCUGUGUUGGCCCUGCGAUGAGGUGGCGACUUGUCCAGGGUGUACCCCGCCUUCUGCCCGAUUGUAGCUGAGAUAGGCUCCAGCGCCCCCCGCGACCCCAAAGGGAAUAAGCGGUAGAAAAUGGAUGGAUGGAAGAUUAAGGUGAAAUAUUGCCACACUUUACAUGUUUUCACCUAUGAUGUUGUUGCGUGGGUCCGCGCUCACGCUCCUCUGUGCGGAAAACUAGUGAUGACGUCACCGACUAUUUAAUAUGACCAAAUUUCGUUGUCGAUAUUUGUCGACAACAUUGACAAAUUGUUGCACCGCAAACAUAGAUUAGUCUUUCAAUUGUUUUUGGUCGCAGAACAUAUAAUUUUUUUUAGGAUUGUGUUCACAAGUUUAAAAAACAAUUGACUCAGUACGUGUCCAUUCACUAAAUAAGUCCGAUUUCUCAAAUAGUUCGAGUCAUCCUACAACCCAUGGAUACACCUUAAUCUACCGUAUUUUCUACCGUAAGUUUGGUUAUUAGGAAGAACCAAACUUAUUCCUAAUGUAAGGAAUACCUUUGGUUAGGGUUACCCACCUCAAAGCAAUUUUAUUUGGUACAUGGUAUAAUGAUAAGUUUGACCAGUAGAUGGCAGUCAAACAUAAGAGAUAAGUGUAGGCUGCACCGUUUGAUGUGCGUCAACAUUUAUUAUUAUUAUUAUUAUUAAACAAGUAUUAUUAUGAUGUGUGUGUAUAAGGUAAGACAUAUUAUCUGGCGUUUUGUUUCGCAAUAUUAUGCAAAAGAAACUUUUCUUACCUUCUAGUACCUGGUGAUCUGUAUUUGGGAUCUGCAUAAAUCCUGAAAGAUUGCGCGCGUCCGCCUUUGUAGUUCGUGCCGACACCGUAGUCGGUAAGAUUCUUCUUUUUCUCUAUCUUCUUCUUAUGGGACAUUAAUCCUCCGCUGUUGCCAUUUCUAAUAUAAAGUAGUGUAAAGUUCUUACUUAUAUCUGUCAGUAAACUCGCCAUGAAAGCGCUACAACAUAGCAGUGUAGUGAGUUUACAUUAUUCACCCUAGGAACUUUAGUUUUUAGAGUUCCGGUCGGACGUUUUUUCACGGGACACAUUUCCGGUGUUGCUGUUUCCAGAUGAGAAGAUGCUGCUCCGUUAUUGAUUUAAGUAAAGUCUGAAUGUCAUUAAAACAGUUAGCUCCAUCUUUUGACACUUCUUCCACUCCCGUCCUUGCACGCUACACCGCUACAACAAAGAUGAUGACAAGAAGACGCUGCCGAAGGUGAGCCAUGUAAAUAAGACCGCCCACAAAACGGUGCAUCCGGAAGCGACUGUCAGAAAGCGGCUUGAAGAUGAUCUGUAAAACAUCAUCUAUGCAACAUUUUGACCAAAGAACCACCAUUACAUGUUAUGUAGACCACAAGGAAGUGUUUUCAUUUAAGAAAAAAAUUAUACUAAUAUGACUCCUUUAAUGCGCCUUGUAAUCCGAUGCACCUUAUAUAUGAAAACACUCCUUCUGUCAAUUUAUUGAAUAAACUUCGAGACAUUCCCAAGUUUUCUUUCCAUUCUGCAUCCAAAAAUCCCUUUAGAACAACUCUCUCAGUCUCUCCCACCAGUCUUUGCUUCAAAGCCGCAUCCUCCAAUCCAGCAACUCCAAGACCUUUUUGGUAGUAGUGUCAUGUUCGUAGCGCAAUCUAAGAUCAUUUCUUGAUGCUGUCUGCUAUUUAACAUCAGCAAAGCCAUUAGAGACGUAAUAUUUGUCAUCUGUGCCAGUAUUACAGCGGACAUCAAGCACAAGAACUGGGCUUUAGGGGGGGAGAUAUCUUGAUUUGGUGUGACGUCAUAGGUCAACCGUAAAAGCAACGCAUUUAUCCGCAAUAAAAUCAAUGAAGCGCCCCCUGUGUACAGGAGGCACACGGCGUAUGACCAACAGUCGCAUUAGAGAGAGUGCAUGGACACUGGGACUUCACACGUAGGUGUGAAAAUACAAAUAUUUAAGAAAUCAGACUCGUUUAGUGCAUGGAAAUGUAGUGCUUGAUGCCCCAUUGGUUACAUUGUGGUCAAUUGUUUAGUUUGGGUUCUU